ACAGUUUCCUCUUUGGUCAUUUCACAUCCUUUUAACUCUUUAGUGCAAAUUGUUUGCAUUUAGAGAAGUGAGGAACGAUUGCAAACUGUUCAGGAUGCAUCCCAAGCAGAGGCAGAGGUCAGUAAAGUCAGGACAGAUGUUCUGUCCACAUGUGUACAAUACUUCCCGCCCUGUUGAGUGAAAACACACAAGUGUAGCGUUGGAUAAGCGUCAAACUCUGGGAAAAAAAGACAACUUUUUCAUCCUUCUCACAGCUUACAUUUCAUAUGUGCAACUUCCUCGUUUGCUAAUUUGUGGUACAUGUGACCUAGAAGCACACUUAUGAAACAAGAACAAAAACCGACUGCUAAAAACACACACACGCACACACACACAUGAAAACAACACCCACCAAGUCAGUUCAACAUCCGCCUACCUGUGUCUUUCCCUCCUGAUGAAGCCCUGACCCUCUGUGUGGAACGUUUCAGAGCAGGACACGUUUAUGAGACUGAAAGGGGACUGAGGUAGACUCUGGUAGGAAAGCUGAUCGCAGCAUGCUCCGGCAGUCUCUGAGCAUCUUCAAGCAGCUCAGCUCAACAGCAAAAUCGCAAGAUGCCACUGACCUCCUACAUGAAGACCUUGUUAUGGUGGAGCAGCGGGUGGAGCCAGCCAAGAAGGCGGCUCAGGUCCUCCACAAGAAGCUGCAGUGCUGCAUGCAGAGUCAACCAGGACUGGAGGCUGAAAAAAGAAUGAAAAAGCUUCCACUGAUGCUGCUGUCCGUCAGCAUGGCAGAAAGCCUCAAAGACUUUGAUGCAGUCUCCUCAAUCAGGAGAGUGCUGGAGAUGUGCUGUUUCAUGGAGAAGAUGCUGGCCAAGAUGCUGGCAGACUUUGAGAUGAAAGUGGAAAAGGAGGUUUUGGAGCCUCUUAAUAAACUUAGUGAGGAAGAUUUGCCAGAGAUCCUGAAGAACAAGAAGCAGUUUGCCAAGUUGACCACAGACUGGAACAACGCAAGGAUCAGGAGUCAAACCAGCAAUGGCCCCCAGGCAAAGCAGGAUGGUCUCAGGGAGGAAGUAGAAGAAGCGUGGAGGAAGUUGGAAAGCAUCAAGGACCAGUACUCUGCUGACUUGUACCACUUUGCAACCAAGGAAGAUGACUAUGCUAACUAUUUCAUCCGUCUUCURGAGCUGCAGGCAGAGUACUACAAGAACUCACACGAGUUCCUGAACAAAAACAUCAACGAGCUCAAAGAGAAUUACAGUGAUAAAGGAUCAACGCAAAGCCUCUCUAACCAGAAGGUCUACGGAGAACCUCUGCUCUCACACUUGWCUCGAAGCAACAGGGAAAUCGCAGCUCCCAUUCAAGAAUGCAUUCAGAUGCUGCUGAGAACAGGCAUGAGAGAGGAGGGUUUGUUUCGUCUGGCUGCAGCAGCUUCAGUGGUAAAGAGGUUAAAGACUUGUCUGGAUCAAGGAAUGGUGGACCACAGCGAGUUCAGCAUGGACCCCCAUGCUGUUGCCGGUGCUUUGAAGUGUUACCUUCGAGAAUUACCCGAACCUCUGCUGACCUUUGAACUCUACAACGACUGGUUUCAAGCAGCAGGGGAAAAAGAUCUAGCUGAGAGGCUGGAGAAGUUCAGGGAGCUACUGAAGAGGCUGCCCUCUGAGAACUACAAUAACCUCAGGUAUCUGGUCCAGUUCUUGUCUCUGCUGUCUGAGCAGCAGGCUGUAAACAAAAUGACCCCRAGUAACAUCGCCAUCGUGCUGGGACCAAACCUGCUCUGGCCACAGGUUGAGGGGGAAGUUGCUAUGUUUGACAUGGCUUCAGCUUCUUCAGUCCAGGUGGUGACGGUUAUUGAGCCUCUGAUUCAGUACAGCUCCAGUCUUUUUCCAGAAGCUGAAUCCUUCGAGGUCCCAGAUUCACCUGAAGCUCUGGCAGUGCCAGCUCCAGCUGCACAGGCUUUCUUCUCUGAGAAGGAUAAACUGAGCAGAACAGUUUCCUCUGCUUCAUCCACAGCCUCCUCCUGCUCUUCUCAUCACUUCCCUGUCUCCAAAACAAACAGCACGGCCUCUCAGGACAGCAGUGGUUUCUUCCUGACGAAAUCUGGUUCCGUGGGCAGUCGCAGCGGGACCACCACUUGGGCGUCCCCCACAACUGAAGCGGCAACGUCGGCCCAGCAAGAUCCAACCCUUAGCAGCUCUGUCUUUGAGCCUUGCAUCAAUUCAUCAAACCAGAACCCAACCCCGCCUCUCAGAGCACCAAACCCUGGUCAGWUUAAAAAUCCCACCCAGAGACCGAACUCGGACCAAGACCUGCUGGAGCCAAUUUUGGAAGCACCCCCUGAUUCUCCCGUAGCGUCUGUGAAUAUUUCUUCACCGUAUAAACCAAAGCGAACGUUCAACAAUACAAAAGCGGACCAAGCUCAUGAGAUCACCGUUCAUUUCUCCAAACCGAGAGCCCCAGGACCACCCAGAAGUCAGGCUCCUCCACCCCCAACCACAGCUACAGCUACAGCUUCAACCCCAACUCCAAACCCGAGAGCAGCCCCCGAAAUCACGAGGCCAAAACCCGCACCCCGAGUGCCGCAGCCCAGCGUUAAAAAGCCUCCGGUGAAAAGGCAGGGAGUCAAAGCCCCAAACUGUCCUCCACCCCUGCCUCCACCCUCACAGCCCAAAGAGGUUCCUUCUGUAGCACAGUGAGAAAAAACACAACUAAUUUACAAACUUUUAUCUCCGGUUUGUGAUGUACCCAUGGAUACAUUGUGCUGUUUGAGCUGAAACUUGGCAGUUUUUUUUAAGUUCAUCUCACAUAUUUGACAUCUUUUAUUUAUUCUGACGUUUUCUUUGCUUUUCAUGUUU